AUGGUUCGCUCGACCAUUCUGACGGCCAUCGCUGCCACGCUUCUUGGCCAGGUUGCCAACGCCACCUAUAACCUCGACACGGUGUUCGAUGCCUCCAACUUUUUCCAGGAAUUCACGCACUUCAAUCAGCCCGACCCGACCCAGGGAUUUGUCGAGUAUGUCGAUCUUCCCACCGCCCAAAAUGCAGGCCUAAGUGCAAUCCGUCAGGAUGGCACCAUUUACAUGGGGGUCGACACAACCACUUACAACCCCCCCAAUGGCCGUCGUUCCGUCCGUGUCGAAUCUCAAAAGACCUUCACCAAAGGCCUCUUCAUCGCGGACAUUGCUCACAUGCCUUCCAACACCUGUGGUGUCUGGCCUGCUUUUUGGACUUUUGGUCCCAACUGGCCGGUCUCUGGAGAAAUCGACAUUAUCGAGGGCGUCAACACGCAGACUGAAAACUCUAUUACUCUUCACACGAAAAACAAAUGUCAGAUGCUGGGACACUCUACACUUGCCAGCACCUUCGUCGUCAGCGAAGAAUGCAACGCACUAACCGGCUGUGGUCAGCAGUCAGGCGACAACCAAAACUACGGCGAUGGCUUCAAUGCUAUUGGUGGCGGUGUCUAUGCAAUGGAGUGGACGGACGCGCGCAUUGCCAUCUGGUUCUUCCCUCGCCAUAGCAUUCCCAACGACAUCACCAGCGGCAACCCGGCGCCCUCGGGCUGGGGCCAGCCCAGCGGUAGUUUUUCUCCUGGCCAGACAUGCGAUAUUACCUCGGCCUUUAAGGACCACAAGAUUGUUUUUGACACGACCUUUUGCGGUAACUGGGCCGGUGAGGUCUGGGCUUCCAACGCUGAGUGCUCUGCUCAUGGCCCAUCGUGCAAGGACUAUGUCGCUUCCAAUCCGAAGGACUUUGCUGAAGCUUACUGGAGCAUCAACAGCGUCAAGGUCUACAAGGCUCAGCCCAUCUAG